AGAACCCAGAAAGGCCAAGGAACCAAACCUAAGUAGACCAGCACCGGGCAGGGCAGAGCCACAGGAAGUAAAUCCCGCAGAAGAUGAAUCCCUUGUGACAUCACAAGGCAGGAAGGUUCCAUUCCCACUAAUGUGAACCCCUCCCACGGACUUCUACAAGAGCCUUAGGCUUGUAAUGAUCUCAGCCCCAAAGAGGUUGGCAGGAGCCAGGAUCAGGACAUUUAUUUUUGUCUGUCCAGAGGCUAUUAAUUCUUGUCCGGAGUGACCUGACUUCUUCCCCAGAAAGGGAGUGUGUGUGUGUCCCGGGCAGCAGAGAGAGUAGCACGUGUGCAUGUGAGAGCAUGAGUGGGUGAGAGGGUGAGCCUGUGGGAGCUAGUGGGUGUGGAUGUGUGAAAGUGUUCACAGAAGCUGGGGGCUCAGAAGAGCCCCGGCCAAUCGUAUCUAGCCCCCGAUUGUUCAGGAAAUCCUGUCCUGGUUGAUACGGAUCCCAGAGGAGAGGGGGUGACCCCGCAGUCUGGGGCUGAGUCUGGCUGGAUAACUUCCUAGAAGCCGGAGGGGUCCAGCGGAUACCACUGCGUGGACAGGCUUCGAGCACAGGUCUGUUGGCCUCAUCAUGGGGGAGAAGCAUCGAAUCCCGAAUAGUCAGAAACAAAGGAGCCGGAGACACCAGGUGCAAAGCAAGUUGCGGAAGGACAGUGGAAUGGCCGUCCAGAAGUUCUUGCUAUCGUUCCUGACGGAGAACAAGCUGACCAGAGAGUUCCUGGCAGAAAUGCUGAGCACAUUUGUCCUCAUGGUGUUCGGGCUGGGGUCUGUGGCGCAGGUGGUGCUGGGAAAGCGGGAGUUCGGGGAUUUUCUGAGCAUUAACUUGGGCUUUGGCUUCGGCGUCACCAUGGGCAUACAUGUGGCUGGAGGCAUCUCGGGUGCUCAUAUGAAUGCUGCCAUCACCUUUGCCUCCUGUGUCCUGGGCCAGCUACCAUGGAAGAAGUUACCCGUCUAUGUGCUGGGCCAGUUUCUGGGUUCUUUCUUGGCUGCUGGCACCGUCUACUUGCUCUACAAAGAUGCUCUCUAUUCCUUCUCGGGAGGAAACUUGACGGUGACGGGGCCUAAUUCAACAGCGGGGAUCUUCUCAACUUACCCUGCUCCUUACAUGGACCUGCUUGGGGGAUUUGUGAAUGAGCUCAUCGCCACGGCAAUGCUCCAGCUCUGCAUUCUCGCCAUUACGGACAAGAAGAACAGUGCUGCGCUGGAUGGCACGCAGGCCCUCAUCAUCGGCCUCCUGGUGGCCGUCAUUGGCAUGUCCCUGGGCAUGAACACGGGUUACGCCAUCAAUCCUUCCCGGGACUUGCCACCCCGCAUCUUCACCGCCAUUGCGGGCUGGGGCAUGGAUGUCUUUCGGGCCGGCAAUAGCUGGUGGUGGGUGCCCUUGAUUGCCCCGACGAUUGGCAGCGUCCUUGGAGCUCUGAUUUACAAGAUCCUCAUCGACCAUCACAACCGCCCGGCCCCACAGCCGGAGUCCUGCAUGACCUCGCCGGCAGAGCCGGAGCCGGAGGCCACCUGCUUAGGCAUGGAGAUGAAGGCGUAGUAGACCCGGCUGGACAGUGACUCUCUGACUGACAAGAAUAAAGGCCCAGAAAGGCA